AUGGCGUCCCAACUCCUACCUCUAGAACUCAUCGACAAGUGUGUCGGCUCAAGAAUAUGGGUCGUCAUGAAGGGCGACAAGGAAUUCAGCGGAACCCUGCUGGGCUUCGACGACUACGUCAACAUGGUACUCGAAGAUGUGACGGAAUUUGACUACUCGGGAAAUCACACGAAGCUCUCCAAGAUUCUGCUGAACGGCAACAAUAUCUGCAUGUUAAUACCAGGUGGAGAAGGGCCCGUGUCUACGUGA